AUGCCGAAACGUGAGCCAACUCCUCCUCCAGGAGACGACGAACCUAAUCUAACGACGGAACUUGCCAUGUCAAGCUACUUUACCAUCGUUACUCCAUAUCCUCUCAAUGCGGAUAUGGAGGUUCCUGGAGAUGUUCUCCGUUUAGCACAGUGGUUGGCAGAGGUCACGGGUGACCCAAACUCCCCUCGGAUUGUCAUCAUUGAAGUGGACAGGUCCUUUAAGGACGUUAGGCGUCUUCUUGGACAGCAUUUCUGGGCUGGAGAAAAAGGAUUCCUCAUCAAUCCACCUCCGGACAUUGCUUCAUUCAAUUACUCGGCGAUCUUCUAUUGUCACUAUACAACUGGUAGAAUGGUCCAGAAGCAUGGAUGGAAGAGAAUAGAUUUUAUGAAUAAAAUGUUCGGAGAGGCUAAGAAUCGCGCGAAUCAACACAUCAACGUCCCAUCCUUUGAGCCGACAGCUAUCGAUCUUUGUCGCAACCUACCCACUGCCCUUUUCCAAGGAGACGCUCCCAAACCUGGAGCUAAGGCCCCUCCGCCUGGGUCGUCUGCAUGGGCCACUAACAGAGAGCUUCGGGCUGCGAACAAACGUAGCAAGAAGGAAGAACCAUCUACUGGAGAAAUGCCUACUGAAGAAACGUCUACUGAAGAAAUGCCUAUUGAAGAAACGUCUACCGAAGAAACACCUACUGAAGAAAUGGCUACUGAAGAAACACCUACCGUAAAUGCGACUUCAGACGCUACCAAUUCAGAGCCAGCCAACCUCUGGAAUCACGUUAAAUUGGCCAGUGAUUUAGCUCAGUCGUCCGUAUAUGGAGGGAAUGAGGAGCUUACAUUACUAGCAAACCGUGGGUACAAUAAAAAUGCACCUUCCAUCAACACCAAAGCGGCGAACGGAGCACGUCCCUCCAACAAUGGUAAUGCGCAAUCACCUAUUACCCCAACUUCUCCUCCUCCUAAAAGAGCAGGCCCAAGCGCGUCUAACGUGAAGCCAUCGGUCCGCGCACCCCCGCCUCCAAUGUUCCUUUCUCCCGUCAGCCCGACAGCUCCAAAGAGCGAGACCAACGACCCUUCGGUACCCGCGCCAUCUAAAAUUGAGCAAGUGGCUAUUAACUCUAACAGCGGCCCUGUGCGCGGCGUCCCGGCAUGGUCAUCCCGUGGUCGCGGCCGGGGACGUGCUUUUGAAUUUUGUUGUAUCAUACUUCGUAGUCACCACUCUAGUAUUGCGAAACAAUCGCAUUAUGAUGCCUUAAAGCCAAUCCUCGUUAAGAUUAAUUCUAUAAAUAAACCUCCAGAUCCAGAAAACUUAAACUAUUCCCUAUUAAACAAGAUCUAUCAAGGCAUCUAUGUCCGUCAUCCGGUUAGAUACGAACCUAUUAACACUCGCCCAGAAUACAAAGAAUACUCUGCUGAAAGGGAAGCCAGCAGUUUCAAGUUGAAAGCCUUCACAACAGCACUUGAUUCUUUGAGAGACCUACCCUUUAAG